CUUCGGGAUCGAUUCGAUAAAUGUGUUCGACAUUUCAAUUAGGAUUCAACAAUUUCAUCAAUUUUACCAGUUUUGUAGUGAAAGCAAGGAGUUUGAGAACUAGGGCAUUUUCCCCUUUGGCAGUCGGAGUAAUGGGGUCUAAGAGGCUCCUUUCAAACUCAUCCGUGUCAGCUUCAUCUACUGUUGAGGGAAAGACAGAUAAGAAGCUCAAGGGAUUAGCUACUGCAGACCUAAAUUCUGAUGAGGGUGAAGUUAAGGGGAAUGGCGGGAAAGGUAAAGUGGUUGAACAGGGCAAGAAUGAUAAUAAAGAACAAGGUUUGGCGGGUACCAAUCAAAAUUCCAAAGAGGGUGUUUUUAAGGACAUCAUGAAUGAUCCUGGAAGAAUCAAUGCAAUGACAGUUCAACAACUCAAGGCUGCAUUGCGGUAUGUACAAAUUUUGAGGAUAAACAUAAAAAGAGAUAUAUGAAUUCUGUUUUAGGUGUUUGUGUUCUC